ACAAUCUAUGAAAUUGAGCAAUGAAGGAAUGCUUUGCAGAGGAAGAAGCGGAAUUUUUGGUCAAUAAUUUUAUUUCUGAUAAAAUUAAGGAAAGAGUAUGAGAGUUUGUUAAUCUUUUUCCUUAUAUAUGACAUAUUCUUUUCUGCUGAAGUAUUGGUUUGUGCUGUAGACAAUGGGUUUCCUUUCCCAGGAAUCAAUGAACAUUCAGAUCGGGUUGCUUCGCCAGACUCUCUCUUACCCUGCUCAUUCUCAAUUUUACUCCAGCUCGAAGCAUCCAAUUGUCCAAAUGGCUGGUAUUUUGAAACCCUCAUUUAUCUUGGGUGGGAUUCGUAUUUAGCGCACUUCUAAUCAUCACGGAGGUCAAAGCAAGAUGGACCCAGAUUCCCUGCUCAAACUCUACUAUGACUGAUAUUUUACCCUUUGAAAAUUGCUAGCGGCUGGCUAGACAGUCGAAUUGGCAUCUUGCCAAGCAUUGAAUUUAAGAUAUCAAGAGAAAGACCCAGACCCAGAUCCAGACCCAGACCCACAAUUGCAGCAUCUUCUCAAGUCAUGGCUGAAGAAGCGGCAAAGAUGCAACUAUAUGGAAUUGAAACCGGGUUUCCUGUCUUGUACAGUACACCGCCAUCUGAUGGGGAGGCUUGCUCUGGUGGCAAGAUUCGGGCUAAUGAAUCUAAUUCGGAUCUAUGCCCAUGUUUGGAAUCCGAAGCGGUACUUAGAAUGGUUCGGCUGCAGGCAUGAUGCUGAGACAGAACAGUGACAGAGACACUAAUGAGGCCAACUGCAAGAAAAUAAAUACCGACUGCAGUUGGAGACCAUGGUCAGAGCUCCCUAGUGAUUUGCUUGAUGUGAUAUCAAGGCAAUUACAUAUGAUGGACCACCUGUCAUUUAGUGGUGUCUGUAGAUCAUGGAGGGCAUCUGCAUUGCCAUGCAAGAAAGAUAAAAUAGCAUCCCAACCACCAUUUUUAGUUGCUCUCUCUGCACAUGUCCGAGGAAGAUUAUUCUUCUAUGACAUAUUUGAAGGAAGAAAAUACAAGACAGAGUUCCCAAACCAUGCAGACAAAUUCUGUUGUGGGUUCUGUUGCGGCUAUUUGAUGAUGGAAGAUAGAAAUGCUCAAAAUGGACUUUGGCUUGUGAAUCCUUUUACAAGACAUGAACUACAGUUCCCUGCCCCACCUGAACGCAUUCGUCAUGCUAUCAUCACUUCUUCAGUGGUGCCUUCAGAUUCUUCUAUUGUGGCUCUUUCUGCCGAUUAUGAAAAUUUACUGUUCUGCCAUCCAGGUUAUGUCAAUUGGAUUGUCCUCCCAGUGCCCAGCAAAUCCUGGGUCUACUUGGAUUUAACUAUUUUCAAGAAGAAGAUAUAUGCCCUAACCAGUCAAGGUAAAGUUUGGGAAGUGAAUCCAAACUCGAAUUUUCCUUUGACACCAGUGGCAUUCAGACGAGUGCCAUAUUUAGACCAUAUGGGACUUGGACGGAAAUUUGGUUUUUUGUGCCCUACUCUGCAUUUGGUGGCAUCAGAGGAAGAGCUUUUGAUGGUGAAUCUUAUUCCCCAUGAAGAACCUCAAGUUUUCAAGCUAGAUUUCAAGAUGAAGGAAUGGGUUAAGAUGGAGAGCUUAGAAGACAAAGUAAUGUUCUUGAGUGACGUGAAGUGCGGUGUGGUAGGCAAUCCAGACAAAUGGGGAGGCUGCAGUAACUCCAUUUACAGCGUUAAUCUCUUUUCCAACAUGUGCAUUGCCAUUUCCAUGGAAGGCCAUUGGCUUGGGAGUUGCAGGUUUCCUGGCAGCCAGUUUGUUGGUGGGUCUCCUUCAUCUUCACCUUAUUGGUUUUUUCAAGAAAGUUACAACACUGAUGCUCUCUCUGAUAACUAGUUAAGUCUUUUAUGGAAGGGAGGAUCUGGAUCCUGCAGUACUUGCAUCAUGUUAGUGUUUUUUUGUUUUUUCAUCUGUCUCCUUUUGAUUUCUGACCCACAUUUUGGACUUAGCCUGUGGAGAGCUUUUGUUCUGUUUUAAAUUUUUUUUCUGCAGCUUGGAAUUACACAAUAGCUUAUGAACUACAAACCCAUUUUUGAAGUUUUUCAAAUCCAAUACGAUUGUUUCGUAGCUAAAUUAAAGUGGCAAUGGAUCAAUUAGUAUUGAAUUUCUGAAAUUGCAACUUCAAGCAUACAUUCUGAUCCACUGGGUAUGAAAAAUGAAUUGUUUGUCUUCUAAA